AUGUCGGACCCUCGAAUGAGCGACAAGGAGCUUUUCGAGAUCAACGCUCAAGCUGCCGCUCAAAACUACAGCGUCGACCCUCGUCUUGACUACAGGACUGUUUCUGCCAUCAACGGCCCUCUAGUCGUUCUCGAGAAUGUCAAGUUCCCAUCUUACAACGAGAUCGUCUCGCUCACUUUGCCCGAUGGUUCGCGUCGUGGAGGUCAAGUGCUCGAAGUCUCGGGUAACAAGGCUAUCGUUCAAGUGUUCGAGGGUACUUCUGGUAUCGAUGUUCGCGACACCCAUAUCGAGUUCACCGGUUCGUCGAUGAAGUUGCCCGUCUCUGAAGAUAUGCAGGGUCGUAUCUUUAACGGUUCCGGUGCUCCUAUCGACAAGGGACCUCGUGUGUUUGCCGAAGACUACUUGGACAUUAACGGUUCCCCCAUCAAUCCUUUCUCUCGUGUCUAUCCCGAAGAGAUGAUUCAGACCGGUAUCUCGACUAUUGACACAAUGAACUCGAUCGCUCGUGGUCAAAAGAUCCCCAUCUUCUCUGCAGCUGGUUUGCCUCACAAUGAGAUCGCCGCUCAGAUUUGUCGACAGGCUGGUUUGGUCAAACGCCCCGGUGCAGGCAAGGGUGUUCACGAUGACCACGAGGACAACUUCUCCAUCGUUUUCGGUGCUAUGGGUGUCAACAUGGAGACUGCCCGUUUCUUCAAGCAAGAUUUCGAAGAAAAUGGAUCGCUCGACCGUGUUACUCUCUUCCUCAACUUGGCCAACGAUCCUACCAUCGAGCGUAUCAUUACUCCUCGUCUUGCGCUUACUACUGCCGAAUACUAUGCCUAUCAGUUGGAGAAGCACGUUUUGGUCGUCUUGACCGAUAUGACCUCGUACGCCGAUGCGUUGCGUGAAGUCUCCGCUGCUCGAGAAGAGGUGCCUGGUCGACGAGGUUACCCCGGUUACAUGUACACCGAUUUGUCGACGAUCUACGAACGUGCAGGUCGUGUUGCUGGUCGCAACGGAUCCAUCACGCAAAUCCCAAUCUUGACAAUGCCUAACGAAGACAUGACCCAUCCCAUCCCCGAUUUGACCGGUUACAUUACCGAAGGUCAGAUCUACGUCGAUCGUCAACUUCACAACCGUCAGAUUUACCCUCCUAUUAACGUGCUCCCUUCGCUUUCGCGUCUUAUGAAAUCGGCUAUUGGUGCAAAGCAUACUCGAGCUGAUCACUCGGAUGUUUCGAACCAGAUGUAUGCUGCUUAUGCCACCGGUCGUGAUGCAGCCGCAAUGAAGGCGGUUGUGGGUGAAGAGGCAUUGUCGGCGGAAGAUAAAUUGGCGAUUGAGUUUAUGGAAAACUUCGAACAGAAAUUUAUCAAGCAGGGUGCUUAUGAGAACAGGCAUAUCUUUGACUCCUUGAACAUUGGCUGGGACUUGUUGAGGAUUUUCCCUAAGGAACAGCUCAACAGAAUUUCGCCAAAGAUCAUCAAGGAGUACUACUCCAGGCGUGCUAAGAAGGAUGGUGGGAACGACGGCGAGGGGGAGCAGAAGCAAGGUGCGAACAAAGAUACCAGGGAUAAUAGCGACAAGAAGGAUGAUAGUAAGAAAAAGCAUGAUAAGCUUGUUGAUGAUCAGUAG